GAUUCCUUACAGCAGUAUGAUCAAGUGAUGCACUGCCUGGAGUUUGCUCGGGAGCUUCACAAGCAGUUUCUGCAGAUAAAUCAAGAGCAUGAAAAGGUGGCUCGAAAGCAGGCCAAGCGAGAGAAAGCCGAACGGCAGGCGUUGGAAAUCAAAAGGAUUUGUGAGAUCCUGCAACUGCAGGCUUUACUGGAUCUGCUGGGUCGGGACAAGGUCAGGGAGGAUUUCAAGACAGGGAAGCAUGGUGCAGUGGUCUUAACUGAAGACAAUCUGAACCAGCUGGAUGAGCUUUACCAAGCGAUCUCCCCGUCCCGAGAUGACAGCGGAGAUGAAUACCCACAACGCAUCACUUUAGCUGCCGAACACCUGGUCAACUACCUGGAUGCCAAGGAUCGGCAGGUGGUGGGGACAACAUACAAGGAGCUGAAAGAACUCAUCACCAUUAUCAUGCAGUGUGGCUACUUUGAGAAACCCAAAAAUGACGAGGUUCUUGAGGCUCCAACAGAGUUUGUUGCGGAGACAGAUGUUGCGGCAGCUGACACAGAGGUAGCUGCCAGUGAAGAACUGGCUUCAUCAAAUGAACCAGACCAGACUUUUGAUGAGCAACAGCAGUCGCAGCAGCCGCAACAGCCACCAGUCGAUUUAACUACAUCAGUUGCUGAAGUAUCACAAUCUCAUAGGGUUUUGCCUGCACCGGCCCUGGACACAUUGGAACAAGAUGCAUUCUUUGCCCCGAGCAGCUUGCCAUACCAGACUUCGGCAGAUCCACAUUUCACACAGUCCAGCCACGUGGCCACAUCACAGAUCCCCGAUUACCCGUCUUUUUCCAACGGGCCAUUCCAGUUCAUACAGGCUUCCUAUGUCAUGCCUGAGACUGCAGGAAUUGUUGAUCCAGCUGUCAUUGUGGCUCAGCCAGCAGUCAAUUCAGGUCUUCAGUUCAUGUCCCAGAGGUAUGACUCCCAGCCUCCGCAGAUGCAGCAUUUGCCACCGCAGCCUCACCUGCAGCAGCAGAACCAGACAGUCAACUCCUUGGGGGAGCUGUCACAGAUCCAGUCGUCUGCCAGCCAGCAGUCUCAGCAGCUAGCCCAGGACUACAGCUCCCAGAAUUAUGCACAGAACCUGCAGUCAGACAGCCUUUACACGGUGCAGGGUGUCGGGGAGGUUGGGGAGAAGUUGUCUUCACACCCAAGUAUCUUGGCACAGAGGAGGGACGACAGUGCAGCAUCAGCAUUUGAGAUCCCUCCUUCAAUUCCUCUGCCUCCUUCUCAGAUACAGGAAAAUGAUGACAUUUUAAUGCUCCCUGCACAGAGUGAAUCCUCCAGUGAACAGGAGACACAGUUCCAGAUGAAUGCCAGGGCUCCAGUCUUUCACUCCAUGUACAGCCAGUUGCCGUGUCGCAAGCUUCAGGACUGGCAGGAAGUGAGGGUCAGAUCUCCUCGUCUGCUGUGGACUUCUCCAAGUCGUCCCCCACAGGCGAGUUUGGGCAGCCAGGUGCUGGAGACUUCCAGCAGAGCUCCAAAGGUACAUCUAUGGGGUAAUUACCAAAGUUAUCCGCCUAGCAACAGUUAUAGGGCGGACAGUUUCCACGGGGGGCCAUACAACUACAACAAAUCCAGAUUCAGCGGGGAAGUGCACCAGAAAAGAGGCGGGCCCUUGGGCGGUCCUGGAGCUAGAGGUUAUCCCCGCGGAGGUGCUGGUGUAAAUAACGGCCGGGGAGGCAUGCGAGGAGGCAUGGCAAGAGGAGGGAGCAAUGGAUCCCGGGGAGGAUACAACAGACCCUUAGCGACGCAGUAG